AUGAAGUUCAGGACUGCCGACAAUAUAGCGCAAAAGUCGAAGCCUGCAACCCCCACCUUCGACUUGAACCCAAAGGUGGAUAGCGACGCCUUCUGGGACGGCUCAGAUGACGGAGACGGCGAUCGGGAAGCCCUGCUGACGUCAUUAGAGACGGGGGCGGGUUUGGUGAUGUCAGCGGACCCUGAACCUGACGUCGCGGCCUACCCUGCUUACCCCCCCCGGACGGAGGCAUUCGCAGAGCUGCGGCGGCUGCUCCGGAUGGCCCUGCCGCUACUUGGUGUGAAUGCACUCUACAGCUCCCAAGGGAUUAUCUCCAUGGCUUUCUUGGGGCAUCUGGGGAGAAAAGAGCUGGCCGGGGGCGCACUCGCCAUCUCGCUUGGCAACAUUUGCGGAGACAGUAUCGUGAUCGGCAUGGGGAUCGGCCUCGAUCCAAUCAUGGGCCAGGCAUUCGGCGCGAAGCAGUACCACAUUGUCGGCCACGCGUUGCAGCGGGGCUGGGCGGUUCUUCUCACGCUUUCGCUGCCCAUCCUAGUUCUCUGGCUCAACACCGAAUGGAUCCUCACGAGCAUUGGCCAGCAUAAAGAUAUCGCCCACCAAGCGGGGAUGUACAUUCGGUACCUGAUUCCGGGGCUGCUCGUCCUCUGCCUGCGUUUCCCGCUGCGGUUGUUCAUGAAGGCGCAGGGCUCGACCUUUCCGGUCUUCAUCUGCCAGCUCAUUCCGUUCCUGUUCUUCAUUCCGCUCUGCUUGCUGUUCGUCUUCGUGUUCCGCUGGGGCGCCUUCGGAAUCCCUCUGGCGCAAUUCGUCAUGAGCCUCUGCACUCUCGUCAUGAUGGCGACUUAUAUCUGCCUUUCCGGCCUAUAUAAGAAGACGUGGGACGGAUUUAGCUUCAAGAUCGCGUUUAGCAACUGGGGACCGUUUCUGAGGCUUGGCUUCCCAUCGAUGCUGUCGCUCUGCCUCGAGUGGUGGUCCUUCGAAAUUCUCAUGCUGGCGGCGGGGCUCCUUCCGAACCCGGAGCUCGCCGUUUCCGCUAUGGCCGUCUGCUUCAACAUCAGCAGCGUCUGCUUCAUGGUCCCCGUCUCCCUGAUGAACGCCGUCGCGACACGUGUCAGCAACGAGCUGGGCGCCGCGCGCCCCGCGGCCGCGCGCCUCGCGGCCCACGUGGCCAUGGCGUGCGCGGUGUGCGCGAGCGUCGUCUUCACUUCCGGGUUGAUCGGGUUAAGGAACAAAGUCCCCUUGUUGUUCUCCACCGACCCGGGUUUCGUCACGCUGAUAGCCGGGUUAGUCCCGUAUUUCGCGGUUAGCCAGUUUUUGGACAUGCUCCAGGGGCCGCUGGGCGGAGUUAUGCGCGGGGUUGCGCGCCCGGGGGUUACGGCGACCAUAAACAUGAUUGCAUACUAUGGAGUAGGCCUGCCGUCUGCGCUUUUGUUCGCCUUUUACUUCCGCGCGGGGCUCAAGGGGAUGUGGAUGGGCCAGGGCGCCGCGCAAGCCUUCCAAACCCUCCUGGUUUUGAUCUUCGUUUUGCGGACAGACUGGGUUAAGGAGACAAAACGCGCUCGAGACACCGUUGCGGAGAGUAGCAAAGUCGUGGUGGUGAAAGAGAAGGGGUUCGACGUCGACGAGGAGAAGGGGUUGCUUGGCCAGGAAAAGAAAUAACGACGUCGAGAGUCGAAAGUCACGACGAAAGCAUGGGGCUUUGUCUGCACUCGGGACGCUCGGUUCGUCGCGAAGUCUGUCGGUCUUUGGUUUUGUGGACGAAGCUACCGGUCUUGAAAGAAGGUGAACAGUUUCUGAAACGUCCAAAAGUAGCCCUUGGUUAGGUCGAGGUGAUGCAAACAAAGCGAGACGCUUCCAGUCAUGCGGCUGGAAGUCGGACAAUAGAUGGUUGCACCUUCGACGUCGCUAGCUCGUCCGACCGGGCGAGACGUAAAACGAGAUUGGCCAAAAGAUGUUUGUACCUUAGGUUCAGCGAAAUAGAGAAGUCCAACAUCGAAGUGACAGCGAAGAUAGUCAUGGAACCCAUCUUCCAUGCCAUUGAUAUAGCACGCGCCGCCGCAGUCAGCCUGGUUUCGUCUUCUAGGAUUGCGAAGGACUGUCGUUACAAGAGCCCUAGUCAGAAGAGAUUGAAAGCAUCAUGAGACGAGACGAUUACUGGAGAAUUGUCCGGAAGAAUAGACAGAUAUUAAUAGCUGCUCAAAGGGACUGCAGCCAUGCUCUUCGCGCUGAUCAUGAAACAGAAGCUAUAAGUCCAUGCAGAAAUCAAGAAUAGCUCAG